AUGCCUCGACGAGCCCCACUUGAAGAUGCUGAGGACUUCACUGCAGAGAUUGAUGCUGUCGAGGACACUUGUUAUGGAUCUGACGACGAUUCAGAACGAGACAGCGCAUCUGAUGCAGGGAGCGACUUAGGGACCCUGAGGAGGAUAUUGAUGAUCCCUCAACCAGACGCACCCAUGCUUGAGGUCCGCAAGGCACUCGAAAUAGCCCAGCAAGCGUAUAACACAGUGCGAUCUGAGCUACGAGCUCUCAAGAGAGAUUACGCAACGCUCCAAGCUGCCAUUCCAGCGCGCAGCCGUAACAAAGUCCUCAAGAAGACGUCAGCUGUCGACAGUCAAAUCACGCGUGCCGGCAAGAAGUACGCAAUGUUCCAUUAUUUCUGGGUAAUGAAUGGGCUCUUCCCAACGACUCCCCAACCAAACAUCGACCCACGCAGUGAUACACGUUGGACCUCACCUGAGGCAAAGCUUAAUGGCGCCAUGGCCGAGCUUUAUCAUUGUGUACCCAAGUCGUUACAUAAAGCGAUGGAGAAUUACUCACAGUUCGGAUCCCUCUUUCGCGCUGCGGUCAGUUCCGAAAGGUCGAACAUACUGCAUAGCCUCAAGGACUGCGCAGGUUUGAUUUACUCCAGUUUGAAGCUUGACCCAACCGUUUUCACCGAUGGGCCUGCUGAAAAAAAGGAGAAUGAAAAACUCCUCGCUCUUCUAAAGAAGCAUGGUGGGGACGAGUAUACACGUCUGGCCCCCAUCCUGUUCAUGAAUCCCGCUGCAAUGGUUCCUGACGACUUCCUCAAAACACCCAUCAUGGUCAAAAUUAUCCGCGUUGAGAUACUCGGGAAGGCUUCGCUCUCUGGGAAAACGAAGGGACACCCGAAGGCUAGGGGUCAGCGUUGGGACACGCAGUGUGUAACGGAAGGUCUUAUUGCAGGCGCCGCUAUUGUGGCGCAUUUCUUAUUGACGCACGAUCAGGAACUCACGGCAACUGGAUCAGCCACAAAGAUCGAGUACGGGCAAGACUACGACUUUUACCUGGAACGUUUGUUUAAACGCAGCUCGUGGGCCAUCAGUGUGAUGGAUUACUACAACAGGGAAGUUUUCGGCGCAAGCUCAGUUACAGUGAGCGCUUCGACCCCAUCCUCUCAACCUCGCACCUGGGAGGACAAUUUCCUCCAGCAGUUAGAUGCUCCUGCUCCUGCUCUCGCCCCUGCUCCUGCUAUCGCUCCCACUCUUGCUCCCACUCCCGCUCCUGUAUCCACACCUCCGGUUCAUGUUGUCUCCAACAAUCAUACUACCAUGUCCAUUAGCCAUGGACUCGGAGGGGCCGUCACCUCUACCACAACUCAGCUUCAAGUUGAUAUUGGCCAGUUGUCAUUGGAAAAUGACUCCGAGCCGUCUGCAUCCAGUGGUCGUAGAUCGCCCGCUGCUCGUCAACGCCAAACUACUGGUGUCCAGCCUAUUACUCAACCCGAACUAUACCCAGAUGCAGAUCCGAUCAUUCCGCUGGCCCCUCCGCCAGCCAAGCGACGUGCUGCUCGCGGCAGACCUAAGAAGUCGGCGAGGUGA